AUGGAUGGGGAAGAUACUAGCUGGGAUAGCAAGCCCUGGAUGAAGCAAGUGACACUUCGAUCCACAAUAGUUGGAUUGGUGAUUGGAUCACUAGUUUUGGUGUCCAACUUCCAGUUUGGACUACAAACUGGUUGGGUUUCGAUGAUGUCUUUACCUAGUGCUCUCUUGGCUUGCGCGAUCUUCAAGCAGGUGUGGCCAUUGGUGUUUCCAAAUGACUCAGAAUUUAGCGAUGUGGAGAACGUUUAUGUGCAAAGUAUUGCGGUGGCAGUUGGCACUGGGCCUCUAGCUUACGGAUUUGUUGGUGUGGUUCCAGCGAUUGAGAAGUUUCUUACCACCGAAGAAAGUGGUGGGACCAGGGUUAUGGGUCAAGAGUUUUCUCUUGUAGAAUUACUGAUUUGGUCAUCUGCUUUAGCAUUCUUCGGGAUAUUCUUUGCUGUUCCAAUAAGAAAGCAGGUUAUCGUGAGAGAGAAGCUCCCAUUCCCUAGUGGAAGUGCGACAGCCACUUUGAUAUCUGUUUUAAAUGGUUCCGAGAUUUUGCAGGAAGUGAGUCCUAAGGAACUGGUUGCUAUGAAGGAAAGGCGGUUGAGGGAAUACGCCGAAGUGUUGUGCAACGAUACUGAUUAUGAAGAUGAUAGUGAAAAUAACUGUGAAUCUACACCGCUGCUACGGGCAGGUUCAGAUCAGAUGAAUGCGUAUGCUUCUGGGGAUGCCAAUGAAAGUUCAAGUGCAGGUGCAAGUGGAAAUGCAGUUACAAAUGCAACUGACAACCCUAAUCCUGAUGCGAUUGCUAAUCCUGUUCCAAACCAACUUUCGCCUUCUUACUCCAAGGGUGUGCCUACUUAUAAGGAAAACGUCAGUAUUUUGACGAAGACUUUCUGCGCUUCCGCUUUAUACACUGUCACUUCAUAUUUUGUUCCAGCAGUAAAGUCUAUUCCGGUUUUCGGGAACUAUGCUGCCAAGGUUUAUCUUUGGAGCAUUGAACCAUCACCAGCAUACAUAGGUCAAGGUAUCAUCAUGGGUUUGCCUACAGUAUCAUACAUGCUAUUGGGUUGUUUUCUAGGCUGGGCAGUCUUGGCUCCCUUAUCAAGGCAUAUGCAUUGGGUGGACCCCAAUGCCGAUGUACAUGAUUGGGAAAGUGGCUUCCAAGGAUGGAUCAUAUGGACCUCACUUUCUAUAAUGGUAGCUGAUAGUGUCGUAGGGUUCAUUGUCUUCACCAUAAGAACCGUUAUCAGAUUUGUCUUACUAGACGACAAAAUGGAGAUGUUUAACAGUGUGUUAGAUGACUCCAUUCAGUCAAUGUUACUCGAAGAAGAAAGAGUUCUCAAUGAUUCCCGAGGACGGCAUGAAAACACUGUUAAAUUGGUUAGCACUGAGGUCGAUCACGAUGUCGAUUCCAGGCACUUGGUUACAUACACUACGGUGCUCAGCGGGUUGGUCGUUUCUUCACUAUUAUGUGUCAUAAUAAUGAUAUACCUAUUCGGCAUCGAUAUCAUUCCAUUAUAUUCAAUAAUUACGGCACUUAUCAUAGCAUUGUUCCUCUCUAUUCUAGCUGUAAGGGCUUUGGGUGAGACAGACUUGAAUCCUGUUAGUGGAAUUGGUAAACUAUCACAGUUAAUUUUUGCUUUGAUAAUUCCUAGCAAUCAUAAGGGGAACGUUUUAUUGAACCUAGUUGCUGGCGGUGUGGCAGAAGCGGGCGCUCAACAAGCUGGUGAUUUGAUGCAGGAUUUAAAGACAGGGCACCUACUUGGUGCUUCUCCAAAGGCUCAGUUUAUUGCACAGUAUAUUGGUGCAACUUGGUCGAUCGUGUUGUCCAGUUUAGUUUACAAAUUAUACAACAAGAUUUACACAAUACCGAAUCAACAAUUUAGAAUACCAACGGCCGUUGUUUGGAUUGACUGUGCAAGGUUAGUUACCGGGAAAAGCUUGCCCGACAAAGCAAUGGAAUGCUCGCUUGUAUUCGGAAUCAUAUUUGCAAUACUAUCCUUAGUCAAGAAUACUCUUCGGGAAAGAGGCUUCAAAUGGCUAUUGUGGGUUCCAUCUGGUGUUGCUGUCGGUGUUGGGAUCUAUAAUUCACCCAGUUUCACCAUUGAGCGUUUCGCUGGUGGUUUGUUGGCCCAUAUUUGGCUACGAAAGCACAGGGGUAAUCCAGAUGCGAAGACAAAGAUGAUAGUAUUCAGCUCCGGGCUAGUGUUAGGAGAAGGAAUAUUUGGAAUAGUAAACAUGUUCUUUACCAGUAUUGGAGUUCCUCACUUCUAA